AUUACCUUGCCAACUGGUGCUAUCGUUGAGUUCAGAGUAGGCAGAGAUUGGCUGUACAACAUCCACAUAACCCCUUCUAUAUUUGACAAGGACAAUGUAGAGGGCUUGUGUGGAAAUCCUAAUGGUUUCGAGUUAGACGACUUCAGGCUCCGUGGAUCCUCUACGUUAAUGUGGUUGAAUAAACUCGAAUUUCAGAGGAGCUGGGGUAUUAGUCAAGCCUCAUCUGAAAGUCUUUUUGGUCCAAACCUCGUGUUGAAAAGAAAUGAUUUUUUAGAACUUCAGAGGUACUGUGAUUGUGCCACUGAAAAGUCGGGCCUAGCUGAUCAAGAAGCUCUGACGAGUCAUUUUACUGCAAAAUGUUCUGUAAAUAGUACCUCUCCUGCAGUAUUGUGCCAUCAGGAAGCAUCAAAUCUUACAUAUAAUUGUGAAACCUACGAAAAUCGAUACAAACGUAAUAUCAACGGUAUGAGUUCUGUUCAUAAGAUCUUCAGAAGGAGUGCAGAUCCCGAUGACGUCACUGAUACUCCACCGCUAACUUAUGAUUCUGAAUUUGACCCGGACUUUGUUCCACCGACUCCAACUUGGCAUAAUGGAUGGACUGAACAGUCUGCUCGAGUGGUCUGCGAGAAAGCAAUACUAAAUGAUCCAGCCGAAAUAGAAUGUCAAAAGCACAUUCCAAUGGACAACAAAUCCAGUAUUGCCAUUGAAGAAUGUAUUCUUGAUAUAAGGGAUGCUGGAACGACAGAAUUUCUGAGUCAUACUAUAGAAUCACUUAAAGAAUCAUGUUUUGGGGAGGUCAAGAGAUACGAAGUCUUUUACGAGACCAGUAGUAAAGAAGAAUUGUCAGUCGUUGAAACAAUUGGUAAACUUGCUUGUCCGAAUAACUGCUCGGGUAAUGGUAUUUGCAAUGAAGGUGUCUGUACAUGUGAUGAUUUGUUUGUGGAUGUUGACUGUUCACAUGAAAAAGCAUCUCCUCCCGUUAAUACUACCUUACCGGAAAAUGGCUUGUGCAAAACUACCAAAAGACCUUGUGCGAAGACGAACAUAUACGGCCAUUUUUUGUCGGAAAUAGUCUCCGUAAAAUUAAAGUAUUUUUUGAUAACUAAUAAUGAUGAGGUGGCCAUGCUGUCUACGCACACAACGGUAGCCACGUACAUGGGACCUACAGUUAUAAAGGCAGUCUUUCCAAGUAGCUUGAGAAGAAGAAAACGAUCCCCGACCGAAAUUGUAUAUGGGAAUGGUUUUGAUAUUAGUCUGUCAUAUGAUGAUGUCAACUAUGGGGAAUCUAUGUCAUUAGUCAUAUACAAUGACGAAUGUUACAGCUGCAAUGCAAAAGUACUCGAAUGCAAUAUGACGAGGCCCUGUCCAGAGACCACCACUCCGGAGCAAACAACGAAUAAACGAUUAUCUACUUUUCCACAUGAUUUGAAAGCAAAGAACGAAGAGACCAUCGGAGAUAUUCUUCUUCCUCUGGGUAUCAGUCUGUUUGUCCUUCUUGUCAUUAGUAUAGUCAGCGUCAUACUUUAUAGAAAGCUGCGUACAUCUGCAAAACCCUGCAUCGCUUCAAUUGUUGCUGGCACUGUGGCUAGAAACCAACCACACAUUGAAAAUUAUGAGGCACUAGCACAAGAUAAUAUUCACUUCCAAUCCCCGUUAUAUGAUACUCUUACGUCGAAACCGGAGAACAUUGGAUCAAUUUCAGAGUCACUGAGAGAGAAAACUUCAAAUAUUCCAGUGGAAUAUGAGAACACCUUGCCUGGACCGUUUUAAUAA